GCAAGUAAAAGAAUCUAUGGAAAAAGAGCAGAAAAAGAGGUUAUAGGAACGAUAGGAACAUUGAAAAGAAUGGAAACGAGAUGGUUUUAAAUAAUCGAAACGAAACCAACAUCUAUAAAAUGCAGGCUAAAAUACAGUUAUUUUGAUUGUGAGGUGACGUCGAUAAGACAUGCGUUGUGUGCGCUGUUGUUUAGUAAUUUAGCAUGUUUGGACUAUGGACUUUAGCAGGUGUAUUUUGUUAUUUUAAUUUAAACUGAAGUAUAUUUACUUCAUUAGAUAAGUAAAGUGAUCCCAAAAUAAUAAGCCAACUGAGUGUUUUCUGUGUAACGGAAAAUAAAUAAUUUAAAAAAAUGAAUACUGGAAAAUUGAAAGGCCUUACUAUUUUUAUAACCGGUGCAAGUAGAGGAAUAGGCAAAAGUAUUGCCUUAAAAGCUGCCAAAGAUGGGGCCAAUAUAGUAAUUGCUGCAAAGACUGCUACACCUCAUCCAAAACUACCUGGAACUAUUUAUACUGCUUGUGAAGAAGUGGAAAAACUUGGAGGAAAGGGACUAGCUUGUAUCCUGGAUGUAAGAGAUGAAGCUCAAGUACAGGCUGCAGUAAACGAGACUGUUAAUAAAUUUGGUGGAAUAGAUAUUCUAGUUAACAAUGCAUCUGCCAUAUCAUUAACAAAUACUUCUGACACAGAUAUGAAACGGUAUGAUCUAAUGCAUGGUGUCAACACAAGAGGAACUUUUUUGGUUUCUAAAACAUGUCUUCCAUAUCUUAAAAAAAGCCCUCAUGCUCACAUUUUAAAUAUAUCACCUCCAUUGAAUAUGCAGGCACAUUGGUUUGCUAAUCAUGUUGCAUAUACCAUGGCAAAGUAUGGAAUGUCACUUUGUGUUUUGGGAAUGCAUGAGGAAUUUAGACCUUCUAAGAUUGGAGUCAAUGCUUUGUGGCCCAGGACAGCAAUUCACACUGCAGCCAUCGAAAUGCUCUCAGGAAAAGAUAGCGCAAACUAUUGUAGAAAGCCGGAAAUAAUGGCUGAUGCGGCUUAUUAUAUCCUGUGUCAGGAUCCAAAAACUACAACAGGAAACUUCUUUAUCGACGACGAAGUGUUGCAAAAAGCAGGAGUUAAUGACUUUGACCAGUAUUGUGUAAAUCCAGAAUAUAGAGAUAAACUGAUGUUAGACUUUUUCCUUGACGCGACACCAGUGAGCGAAUUUAAAGAACAAAUUAAAGAGAUACAGAAAAAGCCAAAAGAAUCGAAUACAUCUACAUCUUCUUCUGGCCAAGUUGCAAAUUUGUUCAAAAGCAUAGAAAACAAUCUAAAUCCCCAACUGGUAGAGAAAGUACAAGCAGUCUAUCAAUUUGAAGUAACCGGAGAAGAUGCAGGAAAAUGGUUUAUCGAUUUAAAAUCUGGAGACGGAAAAUGCGGUCAAGGGGAAGCACCGGACAAGCCGGAUGCUACUUUACGAAUGGAUAGCAAGUAUUUCUUUGAAAUAUUUUCUGGAAAACAGAAGCCCGCAAUGGCGUUUAUGACAGGAAAAUUGAAAAUAACUGGAAACCUCCAAAAAGCAAUGAAAUUGGAGAAACUAAUGGGGAGCCUGAAAGCAAAGUUGUAAGUUAUAAGUAAGUAAAUAAGAGUAUUGUAAAUAAUAACCAAAUUAAAUUAUGUCAGUUGGGAUGUUUGGGUAAAUAUUUAUAAUGAUUUGCAUAUGUAUUCAUAUUGAAGUAUAUUUUAAGCAUAAUUAUGUCAUUGAAUAAAAUAUUUUUUUACUAAAUUAUUACGUGUAA